AUGUCCAAGGGCAUGGCGGCGAUCCUUGUCGCGUUGGCCUUCCUGUCGCUGUGGCCGGCCGGUUGCGACAGCAGCAGGAUCCUGGUGGUGCCGGUGGAUGGUAGCCACUGGAUCAACAUGGCGGUGAUCCUGAAAGAGCUGCACUCCCGAGGACACCAACUCACAGUGCUGCACUCCCCCAACAGUUGGUACAUCCCGACAAACGGCUCCUUUUACACUUCAGUCACCGCCACCAUGUUGGAGGACGGCAACACAAAGGACUUCUACAAUCAAGUCCUGUUGGAUGUGAUCAAAGUCCGCCAGUCCGCCGGCUUCUUGAGGACCUUCUACCAGCAGGGCUUGAUCACAGACAUGCUAGCGAAGGGUCACGAAAUUCUCGCGGGAGCAGCCACCGCGAUGUUCGAUGACCCGGUUUUCAUGAAGAAGCUACGGGAGGCCAAGUUUGAUCUGAUGCUAACAGACCCGGGCCUGACGGUGGGGGUACUUCUGGGGAAUUACCUCAAGUUGCCGAUGGUUUUCAACGUGCGGUGGAUGAAUAACGGCGAGAGCCAUUUUGCCACGGCUCCCUCCCCGCUCUCCUACGUCCCCGUGUCGGGAAGCGAACUCCACGAUCAGAUGGAUUUCCAGGGACGGCUUAAGAACAUGUUACAUUACAUCUACAAUCUCGUUGAAUUCUACUUUUACAUCAACGCAGCGUACGCAGAUCUCUUCCAGCGUCACUUUCCUCCCGAAACAGACUUGCUCACCUUGGAGCGAGCGGCGGAUAUCUGGCUGGUGAGGUCCGAUUUUGUCUUCGAGCUGCCCCGCCCGACCAUGCCCAACGUGGUCUACAUCGGCGGCUUCCAGUGCGAAAAGGCUCUGCCCUUGCCUGCGGAUCUGGAUGCCUUCGUGCGCAGCUCGGGGGAUCACGGGGUGGUGGUGAUGUCGUUGGGAACGCUGGUGUCAGCCCUGCCCCGCGAUGUCACCGAGGCCAUCGCGGCCGCGUUCGCUCAGAUCCCCCAGAAGGUGGUCUGGAGGAUCAAGGGAGAAAAGCCUUCGUCCUUGGGUAACAACACCCUGGUGGUGGACUGGCUGCCUCAGAAAGACCUCUUGGGACACCCCAAAACUCGUGCGUUUGUUGCCCACGGAGGGACCAACGGCAUGUAUGAGGCCAUCUACCACGGCGUUCCGGUUCUGGGUCUGCCGCUGCUGUUUGACCAGUUUGACAACCUACUGCGGCUGAAGGUACGAGGGGCGGCCCGGGUGUUGGAGGCCAAUUCGCUCAGCGAGGAAGGCUUCCUCGAGGCUCUCAGGGAUGUUCUGGACAAUCCAAGCUACCGCGAUAACAUGCGGCGACUCUCUCGUCUCCACCGCGACCGACCCGUGGCUCCCUUGGAGACCGCCAUCUUUUGGAUCGAGUACGUCACCAGGCACAAGGGAGCGUCCCAUCUGCGUCCGGUCGCUUACAAUCUCCCUUGGUACUCCUACUUCUGCUUGGACGUGAUCCUUUUCAUCGCCGCCGUUGUGGUGGCUUUUGUGUGGGCUUCCACUGCCAUUUGUAAGGCCAUCUGCUGUCGGAGGUUCGGGAGAAAGAUGAAACGGGAAUAA